AUGGUCAUUCACUCGACUGUGUACCUCUGCCUUGUACAGGUUGCCGCUUAUGAGAGGCUUGGAGUGCCGAUAUGGGCGAUUACGCAGCAGAACGAACCAUCGAACCCUAUUACGUUGUGGGCAAGUUGUUUCUACACGCCCGAGGCUCAGCUAGCCUUCAUUCGAGAUUACCUCGGACCCGCCAUGAAGGCUGCGAAUACGAGCACUAAACUCUUUUUUAAUGAUGACAAUAAAAACUUCCUCCCAGAGGUCUCCAAGCUGAUCCUUGGUGAUAAAGUUGCUGCUGGUUAUGUAGCGGGAGCUGCAGUACACUGGUAUACCAUGGAUCAGUACCCGGCCUUGGAGGACUAUAAAGACAAAUAUCUUGAUCGUUAUAUGCUCAUCAGCACGGAAGCGACUAAUGGCGAUCCUUUCACGGAGUCCUUUUUCAAGACUGAUUGGGAUCGUGCCAUGCACUAUGCUCAUGGCACCAUAGUAGACUUUGUUCACGGAGGUUCUACUGCUUUCAUUGACUGGGUGAUGACGGGGCCUGGGAACCUGGUCUCAGUUAGUGAGGAAGGCAAAAUAACGGUGCGGAUGCCAUCUGGUGCGAAACGUGCCGGCGUGCCCAAUCCGGGACAGGCAGCUGAUGGGAUGUUCCCUGCGGGCAUCGAAGCGAUGGCAGCGAUUAACCCAGCGGGAACUGAGAUCGCCAUUGUGGUGAUAUGCGAUGAUCGUCAUGAAAGUAACGCGACCAUUGCUGAGUUGCCGAUUGAAGUCGACCUCGGUGAUGGACGCUACUCCACUGUUACGAUGAAGAAUGUUGAGCAACGGAGUGUGACGACUGUGGUUCUCACCAGUGAUAAAUUCUAA